AUGAAAGAAACUAUCAUGAACCAGGAGAAACUCCCCAAACUGCAAGCACAAGUGUGCAUUGGUGGGAAGGGAACUGCUCCCCCAAAGAAGAAGGUGGUUUGUAGAACAGCUACAGCAGAUGAUAAAAAACUGCAGUUCUUCUUACCUUUGUUAAGGUUAAGUCAUUAUGUUCACAACCUAAGGAUCCACUUUAACAACCCUAAAGUUCAGGCAUUUCUGACAGCAAACACUUUCACCAAUACAUGCCAUCCUGAGACAAAGCAGCUGACAGAAAAACUCCCCAGUAUCUUAAGCCAACUUGAUGCACACAUUCUGUCUAGUUUAAGAAGACUGGAUGAAACUCUACUCAAAAAAAAAAAAAAAUCCAUGCAUGGAAAAGCAACACUUGCUGCCAGAAAGGAUGCUGAUGAUGAAGUUCUAGAUCUUGUGGAGAAUUUAGAUAAACCUUCUAAGAAUGAAACAAACUGA